UUGCCGGUUCCUGCAGAUCACUGUCCACCACCCACCGUUUCCAGAUCGCUGAGCCUGGUGAGGUCCCUGCACAGGGAUUGCCUGGUGACCUGGACUUUCUACCGCGCCCGUGAGGUCUUUAAAGGGAAAAAGAGAUAGGAAGGAAUUGUACUGAAAAGGCCUGAUUGCUGAGAUAACCCAUCAACUUCAAAAUGAGUUCUAGACAUCAGUCACUGUUCUUCAUCACUCUCCCAGACUUACAACAACUCUGUGCCCUUAGGGUAAUACUGAAUAACAGUGGGGCGGACACGGAGAUUAGGAGUACACAGAUGAAGCUAUGCAGGAAAUUGCUGCAUCUGUACCAAGAUCUUCUUACUUCACCUGUGCCUGGAAUUCUAAACCAGUUUUGGGUGGUGAUGUCGAUACCAUUUUAUAAGACUGGAAAACUUAAUGGUUAUAUCAAAAAGUGUGGAGCUAAGAUGGAGGCUCCAGAAAGAGUAAUUCCUAUAAUUCUUCAAAACUGCCUCUCCUAUUCACUCAUAGUGAGACUUGCCCCCACCUGGAAUCAAACCGGCCACCUUCUGGUACAAGGACAAGAUUUUCUUUCUCAGAUGGGAAAGCAAAGCGCUGUUGUACUAGACAUUAAUGUAACGGAAACGCAAGUUUGUCUAAGUAUAGAGGCCUGCACUAUUAGACUGCCACCACCAAAGCUGCAAGAAUUUAACAUUCCUGAGAGGGUUAUAAAGGACUUUGAAGCCAACGAGAGUGCCAUCAUUGAAAGUCAGUCCAUUAUAAGCAACUGGUGCUACGUGUUGCCAAGUAUGAAAAUGGGGCAGAUAAUCAAUAUCCUUCACACUGCCCCUCUUGACUGCCCUUUCCAGUCAUACAGAGAUUUCCAGAUACAUUGGAAUGCCCUGUAUGGCUAUAAACUUCCAGAAGCUCGUGGAGACAGCAACGUCUUCUGCAGUGUGUACUUCCGCAUGAUAGGAGAGAAGAUCUUCACAUACCCUCUCAGCUGCAUCAGAAGCCAGCCCUUGCAGUUCUUUCCCAGGGUGGAUUUGGAAGGUGUGCUGAAAAGUUUCAUUGCAGAUUUGAAGUACAGCCUCCCUCAUAUUUGUGGAUUUUCCAUAAAGAUGACAAAUAAACCUUGCUACUACACAUAUGAACUAGUGAGACCCCCUAUCCAGGAAAACAAAAUCAAGACAUCCAAUCUAACCAUUAAAAAGCCCCCCUGGGCUCAUCUGAGGAGGGCCCCUUCCAUAAACCCUACCUUGACACAAAACCUCCCUGCCCAUUCAGUAGCAGCUGACCACAAGGUGGCGACCUCUGCCAGCCAGCCCGAGCCACACAGCCUCCCAACUCCACACCUACAGCCAAGAUCCUCUGUACUGGGGAGACAGAGCACCCUGUCCAGUGGGGCACCACAAACGCACCUGGAUGUGGCAAAGCCCAGCAGAAGCAGUACUUAUGGUCAAGACACACAUCCUGCCUCCCAAAAUGAAAAGGCCCCUACAUUCAGGCCAGUUUUCAAAACUCGGUUGGUUCAGAUGAACAAACAGAUCCCGGAACCUAGCCCUCUGAGAAGAAAGCAGCUAGUCACUACCGAAAUGAAGUCGUUCCCACCGAAAACUAGUGCGAGGCCGGGCGACAGGCCGAAUUUAAGUUCGACUGCAAAGAAAAGACCUCAUGGUCCCAACCAGACGCAUGCUGGCCACUUCAGUCAGAUUUCCAGACCCCAAGAAAACGACACCGAGGCCUGUGCAAACAGGAUCAAGCAUCCUCUUCCCGGUGGAAAUGCACGGGCUGAGGGUGGGAAAGAAAGGAAGCAGAGAUCUGAGAACUGGGCACUCCAAAAACCAGGCACUAGUAGAAGUGUCGCCACCCUCCAAGUGAAUGGGAAAGAAAAUGUCACAAGUACCUCUAGACCACAAGUUUCAGGGCAAGGCCACAGGUCAGGAAAAACGAAGAGAAAGCCAUACAUUUUUGAAUCAGACACAGAUAUGGAAAACCAGCAGCUGCAUCAGCAACACCCAGUAAGUCAGAUGAAAGAAGUUAAUGCCAGUGUCCACCGAUCAAUACUGAGCCGAAUGGUCCACAAAUCUAAAAGAAAGUUAUGUCAAGAAAUGUCAAGAACGUCAGACAAGCAUCACUCCAAUGCUGACCUUCACUCUGCGCCCCCCAAUUGUAUUAGGAACCAGGUACAUGAUUUGGAAAACCCAAAACAUAAGAAAUUUAUUGUCCUUUCUAAAGCUUAGAAAGUGGAUUUACAAGAAGAAACUGCUCACCAGGGCCAGAGAUGGCGUUCCAAAGUGCCGCUCUCAAAGUCACUGGAGAAAUCAAUGGAGAUUUUUGUUCAUUUUAAAGAUUACACUUUUUGCAAAGCAGCAUCAUUCCAAACCUAACGAGGGAAAGCUAAGUUGUACUUCUUUGUUUAAAUGUGCGGUGAUUCAUAUGCAUUGUGGGUUCCAAAAAUAUCAUUCUUACAUUCCAAAUGGGCUUGCUUAUUAGCUGUAUGUUUGUUUUAGAACCAUUACAAGUUUAAAACCAUAACUAAAUGACUUUAUGUUUAUCUAUAUCCAGAGGCCGGAAAGAACCAGUAAUUGCACUUAACACACGUGGCAAUGAACCUCAAUCAGUGCCAAGAAUCUUAGUUAUAGGAAUGUAGAAAUACUGCUCAUGUUCUCUGCUUUAAUACUUUUAAGUUUCACAGUAUUUAUUGCUUGUUAUAUUUUCACUUCUUUAUAGUCUUGCUUUAUCAGAAUAAGUAUAUAUUUUACAUAAAUAAUCUUAUCCUUAAUGGUUGCACAUAGGUAAAAGUGUGGGCUUGUCAGAGAUCUUUUUGUUUGAGUAUGCAAAUUUCACUCGUCUUUUCACAUUGUAGAAUUCUGAAACUGACAAAAUAUUGGAUGUUGACAGUUAACUGCACAAAUGGUCCCUAUUUAAUAGAUAUUUAAGGAUGUGUUAGGGUCAUUAUUUCUUAAUGCUCAGAAAUGUUCAUAUUGUAGCUUAUUAUCUUAAACUAAUAAAAUAAAGGUAUUUCAAAGGUGUGUGUAGGUGUAUGUGUUUUAGAUCAGAGUGACAAUAAAGUAUUGGAAAAGU